AGUUGUCGCCCACCAAACACUCUUUCUCUUACUUAUUUUCCUGGAAAAGUUUUCCAAGAGAAAAGAGAGAAUGUCUAGCGAAGGAACAGAUAGGACGAAUAUGCCUGCACCUUCUGCACAAUCUCACACAAGAAACACUCAAGGAGUAUCUUCUUUUGACUUCUUGAAGACGAUCCUCCUGGUGUUGUUCGUGGGAGCUUUGGCAUGGGCUUAUCAAUCAAUCCAACCACCACCGCCAAAAACCGUCGGCUCUCCAGACGGAGCCGCAGUGACAGCACCGAGGAUCAAACUGAGAGACGGAAGACAUUUGGCUUACAAGGAGCACGGAAUUCAUAGAGACGAAGCCAAGUUCAAAAUCAUAUUCAUCCACGGCUUCGAUUCUAGUAUGCUCGACUCGCCUUUCCCCUUUUUCUUAUCCCCCGCUCUUGUGGAUGAGUUGAGGAUAUACACUGUGUCAUUCGACCGUCCUGGUUACGGAGAGAGUGAUCCUGACCCGAAUCGAUCACCUAGAAGCAUAGCAUUGGAUGUACAAGAGCUGGCUGAUGGAUUAGGACUAGGACCUAACUUCUAUGUCUUUGGUCUCUCCAUGGGUGGUGAAAUCUCUUGGGCAUGUCUUAAGUACAUUCCUCACAGGUUAGCAGGAGCAGCGCUUGUAGCACCAGCGAUUAACUACUGGUGGAGAAACCUGCCUGGAGACAUAACAAGAGAAGCUUUCUCUCUUAUGUAUCCUGCAGAUCAGUGGUCACUUCGCGUAGCUCACUAUGCUCCUUGGCUUACAUACUGGUGGAACACUCAGAAAUGGUUCCCAAUCUCCAAUGUCAUCGCUGGCAACCCCAUCAUUUUCUCCCGUCAGGACAUGGAGGUCUUGUCUAAGCUCGGAUUCGUCAGUCCAAAUCGGGGAUACACAAGACAACAAGGUGAAUACGAAAGCCUACACCGAGAUUUGAAUGUUGGAUUUUCAGGCUGGGAGUUUGAUCCUUUAGACCUUAAAGAUCCGUUUCCGAACAAGAAUGGCUCGGUUCAUCUAUGGCAUGGUGAUGAGGACAGGUUUGUGCCAGUGAAGCUUCAGAGUUAUAUAGCAUCAAGGCUUCCAUGGAUUAGUUACCAUGAAAUCUCAGGAUCAGGACAUUUGUUACCUCUUGUGGAAGGUAUGACUGAUAAGAUCAUCAAGUCACUUUUGGUUGGGGAGUAAGUGCGAGUAGAGAAGCUUUUGCUGGAGACAAACUAGUUAUGAUCAACUAUUAAAUAAGUGAGACUAGAGAGGAUGCUAGUUUGAGUCAAUGUGGUUUAUAUUUUCCAAGAAUGACUAAAUUGCUUGUACGAUUAUCAUCAUGAAUCGACCUUGGACUAAUUGCUUAAUCUCUCCGUUUGAUUUUA